AGAGAGUAGGAGGAGGAAGAGGAGGAGGGGGAGAGGACAAUUUCCUUUCUGUAACACGCUGCAAGAACACACCGGGAAACGAAGCGAGGAAAGAAAAUAACACGGGGGAGAAAAUAGCGAGAAAGAGAGAGGGUGAGGAGGAAACACUGCAGUCCCCCUGUCCCUCUGCCCGUCUGUCCGACCGUCGGCUUGGUAUUUUUUUAAUUGUUGGGGGUGGGGAGAAGAAAGAAAUCGCAUUUUCUUGUUACGGAGGCUUGCGAACGAACAUGGGGGGAAGAGGGAGCUCCUGACGAGGAUUGACUUCCAGUGAAGCUCUGCUAUGCGCUGCAAGUCUGCGGUUAAUAAGACAGAGAGGAGGUGAAGAAGAAUAAGGAGGAGAAGAAGAAGAAUAAGGAGGAGGAGAAGGGGAAGAAGAAGAAGAAGAAGUCUGCUAGGGAAGACAUGUUGAGGCUUUUCUCCGUCCUCGGGCUGCAGUAGGAGGUUGAUGUAGAGCCUAAAAACAGACUCGUCAGAAAUUAAAAAGAAAGGAGGCCAAAUGGACACGGUGCGGUAGACUGUGUUCAGGAGCCAUUGUUUUUGGACGGUGUUUAUUUAAUUGUUUUGUUAUGAUAUGGAAUGACGAAGGCCUCAUAGGCAGUGAAUAAAUACACGGUCAGCAAACUCAACAGAGCUAUUUAUAUGUAGGGGAAACGCUCGUCUUCUGAGUGUGGUGUUUAUGGGAAUUUUUUUAGUGUUUGGAUCCGAAACAUUUCCAGAUAUAUCAACUCUUAAGAGGGUCAUACAAAGGCCCUGCACCAGAGACACAGCGGAGGCUACCUGGCUGCUCUCAUACUGUAUUUAAAAAAUAAUAAAACACGAGGUUUGGUUUAAGCACAAAGGUGCACCAGGGAGGAACAUUUUUAGCCCCGGUUUACCUCACGAGAGAGGGGAAAAAAAGAUUUUUAAAUGUUAAUGUCGACCGACGUUGCGUCAAUCAUGCUGCCCGUGUCCCGGGGUCUCAUGGACCGGGAUAGAGAGCUGGACACACUGGCCGGAGUGCACCCAAACCCGGGCGGUGCUCCUGCGGCUGUUCGGGGAAUGAAGCGCGGAGACCCGGAGCCUGACGGACAGGCGGCGGCGGCUCUGGUGGACUCGGCCGGGGCGGAGUGCAAGCGUCCCCGCAUCGAUGGCUCAGGAGGACUCGGCGAGAAUAAUGACCCUUUGACCCUUGGUUACCACGGCUACCCGUCUCAUAGUCAGGGCUCUCAGGAUAGUGCUGGCGGUCAGGAGGGACUUGUACCCCCACCUUUCUCUGCGUUCCCUCCGCCACCUCCUCCACCCCCCCAGAAUGGCCUGGCUCUGGAUUACGGGGGCAGCCUGUACGCAGCGGGGGCAGUGCAGGGUCCUGUGGAAGCUGGCGGAGCAGUGAGCGGUGCCGCCAAUGCCGCCAACAGCCUCGGUGCCCAACAGUCAGAUGGCUCCUCUCAGAUUGACGGCCAGUCUGGGGUUGGCUCAGGUGGAGGAGUCAGUGGAGGCGCUGGGGACGACUCAGACUCCAAGAUGACCCCCAAGCGACUCCACGUGUCCAACAUCCCCUUCCGCUUCCGAGACCCUGACCUACGGCAGAUGUUUGGGCAAUUUGGCAAGAUCCUUGACGUUGAGAUCAUUUUCAAUGAGAGGGGAUCCAAGGGUUUUGGUUUUGUAACGUUUGAGUCGAGUGCAGAUGCAGAGAGGGCCAGAGAGAAGCUGCACGGCACGCUGGUGGAAGGACGUAAAAUCGAGGUAAAUAACGCUACAGCCCGAGUGAUGACGAACAAGAAGAUGACCACUCCGUUCUCUAACGGAGAGGGACUCGCUGCUCUUCCAUACGCUGGAUGGAAGUUGAGUCCUAUGGUUGGAGCGAUGUACAGCCCUGAGCUCUAUACAGUACCUGGGUUCCCGUACCCAGCAGCAGCUGCAGCAGCUGCUUCCACUGCUGCGACCUUUCGAGGUGCUCAUCUCCGGGGUCGUGCCCGGCCUGUCUACAGUGCAGUCAGAGCAGCUGUGCCACAACCUGCCAUCCCUACAUAUCCUGGCGUGAUGGCCUAUCAGGAUGGCUUUUACGGUGCAGCUGAUCUCUAUGGCGGCUAUGCAGCAUAUCGUUACGCCCAGCCGACUGCGGUAGCGGCUCCCGCCGCAGCAGCGGCUGCAGCAGCAGCUUACAGUGACAGCUAUGGACGAGUUUACACUGCAGAUCCUUACCAUGCUGCACUUGCCCCUGCUGCCUAUGGUGUUGGAGCCAUGGCCACACUGUACAGGGGAGGCUACAGUAGAUUUGCCCCUUACUGAGGACACUACAUUUCCAAGGAGCUCCUCUCUUUCAUUGAAUUUCUCUAAAAGAGCUCUCUCUGUUGUCGUGGAGAUGGACUGCAUCCAGUUUUAAAGUGUGGAUUCAACCACAGCAAAGAAAUUUCUGAUCCCACCCCAGAGCAGUCCCACGUUUUCUUAUAUAUGCUACUACAGAAAUAGAGGAAUGCUGUAUUAAAGACUGAUGGAUGGCCUUUACAAUAAAAAAAAAAAAAAAAAGACUUAAAAUGGCCACCUUCCCUAUUGCACGGCUGUAUUAUAUCCCCCCCCCCCAUUCCCUCUGCACUCAGCAGCACAAUACUCGAGAUGGAGCCCAGAAGUUCUUCCAAAGGCUGUAUGUGGAUAAGUGACUUUUAAACAGCUGUCAAGCAUGAGUGGGGAAGGAGCGCAGUGUUGCACACACUCGCCGUGUGAGGAGAGAGAGCGAGAGAGUGAAGAAAAGCUUGAAAACGAGGUGUUCACAAAAUGUUGGAACAGUAAGAAGCGGGAAGAUGCAACAAAAGAGCAUCUAACAGCAUUUUGAACCCGAACGAUGAGUCACUAAAUUGAUAAAAAACACAGUGAAUUAUGGAAUUCCUCCCUGGCAUGAGUGGACGGUAAAGAAAGCAGUUUUCCUUCUGUUGUUGUGUUCUAGUACAGGACAGUUAAACGCGAUGGCGCGCAGGGAUGAUUCAUGACGCUGCAGAAAAGUCCGAAAGCUGAAGCAAGGAGGGUUAUUAGAGCUGUUCCUUACCUCAAGUUUUCUUAGUUUGUGGAAAAUGGUGAACCUUUAAACUUAAAAAUUAUUAUGAUAUGCAAUUAGUUUAGUGGAAAAAAAAGUUACCAAAUUAUUAUUAUUAUUAGUAUUAUUAUUAUCAUCAUUGUAAUUAUUGUUAUUAAAUCAUUAUUAUUGUUUGACAGCAGACGCUGCUGUCGUGGGAGACACAGAUUUAAUCAGUGAAAUCAGAGAGCGAGCCUCUGUUUAAACUAAUAUUCCACAUUUUGACACGACUUUAGCAUCACUUUGUCAUGCACAGGAUUUUCACUACACUCUUGUGUGUCGUCUACACUACAGAGUGUGUAACACUACGCUGAUUUUUUUUCCCCCCUUCUUCUAGAUUUAGAUCCAAACUCAGUCCUCCAUGCACAACCCUGAGGUUUGUGUCUCCUUUCAUGUAGAGAUCUAUUAUUUGGAUUUUAUUUUCCCUCCACGCUCCAUCUUUUCUAGAGCAAAGUCCAACAUCGAACGAGUCUUCCUGAAACAUACUUUAGUAGGUAAUUGUGUUUGCGACGCUGCCAGCGGCAAUUACCGAGCAAGAGUGAGAGAUUCUGUCGGUGAGUUGAUAGAAAAUAUUUAAAUGCAAACAGCUUACUAUUGUGCAUAUUUCUAUACAGUUGUAUUUGCAAAAUGUGGCUUCUUUUUUUCUUUUUGGCUUUUGUUUUUGUUCCAAAGAUUCGUAGAAAGCACAUAUUUCUGCCGUAUGUAUAAAUAUAUAAUCUUUGAAUCUUUGUUAUUAUCCUAUUCCUCCACAAUCCUAUUGCUGUCUUUGUUUGCUUUCAUUCAUCCACAGUUGUUUUUUUGUUUGUUUUUUUUAAAUACCUGCAUAUCUUCUCCAGUAAAGUACAAGAAGCGACAAACUGAAGAAGGUAUGCAUGUGACACGGCUGCACGUUUUCCCCUCUUGGUUUUAAUUUCAGUCGUAUCCGUUUCUGAUUUCGAUAAAAGAGUCUUGUCACGUUUUAAUUAUAUUUCAAAAUAUGCAGGAAAGGCUGGAGUUUUUUUUCUGUCAUUUUUCCAUGUUUAUUUUUUUUACAGAUGACUGAGAUAUUUGGAAAAAUCGGCCUGUAGCACUUUGGCUCAGACCAGCUGUGUUAUAUUCUGUUUUAUUAUUAUUAUUUAAACGAUUUUUGUGUAAUGCAAACUUCCUAACAUUUCAGUGGUGAUAUCUGUGGACUCUAGAUAUCCAGAAACAUGUCUGAAAGUGUUAUCCUUGUACACUCGUGGGUUAAAGGACCAGUUUGUAGGAUUUUGUGAGGUGUGUGCACACAUUGCAAGCAACUAAAAAUCUACAGUGGCCUUAUGAGUAAAACCUAAACAAAAGGCCCUCUCUAGACCCAGUGUUUGUCUUAUCCAGUCUGGGUGACUGCAGAAACAUGGUGGUUGCAACAUGGCAGGCUCCAUGGAAGAAGACCUGCUCCUUAGUAUAUACAAAAGGGCUCACUCUUAAAAAAACACAGAUUUGUCAUCCCGCGUGAUUUAACACGGAUUAAACGCGAAUAUUAUGCUGUAGCAACAGUGGAUCUCACCAAAAA